UAAGUUUGUAUCAGGGAUGUAUCAAUCAAAUUAAAAACGACAAAACGUUAUACAAAGAAACAUGGUUACCAUUGAUCACGAUCGCUGAAUUAAGGGCGCUAUUCUUUGAAUAAGAGAAAGAAGCCUGCUUUCAACACGGAUUCCAUAAAAUGUUGUUGCAAGGCAUCUUGGGACUCAAGUACCGAUUUGUGGUAUCAAUUUUAGUUGGAUGGGCCAUCGUCUACGUCAUCAUCUUCUAUCGAGAGCUGUGCCGUUUGGACAUACUAAAAGCAAAUAAUGUUUUUUUCACAAGAGUAAAAUCAAGACAUAAGAAAAGUGUCAUCAUUUCUUUGGAUAGGACAGCAAAUUGUUCGGCAUUAAAUCCAGAUAUUCUUUUAUACAAUAGAAUAUUCAAAACCGGCAGCACUAGUAUGCGAAAAUGGUUUACAAGCUUUCAACAUAAUAGACAAUUUCACUUGGAAUUCGCGACAACUGAACAGUGGUAUGACCACAAGAAAAAACAUGUUUUUCCAGGGAUCAUUGCACGGCAUGCGAAAACAAUGCUUUCAAAAGCGGAAGUGAAACGUUAUAUUUUCAUGGCUCAUUUCUACUUCCGUUCAAGAAUAAAAGUCCCGUAUCAGUAUAUUUACAUAAAUCAAGUUCGCGAUCCGGUUAGACGGGUUAUUUCACAUUUUUUCUACAUGCACAGAAGCAAAAACAGGCCAAAACGGAGACUGCGCGAAAUGCGUCGUAAUGGACAUUUGAAAGAAACCUUUGAACAAUGCCUCAAGCUACAACACGAGGGAUGCGAGAGAAAUGUUAUGACAAGGUUCUUUUGUGGAAAGCACUCGUAUUGCAAAGGAGGUUCAACAAGAGCACUGCAACGAGCAAAAAGCAAUAUAGUUCGUCAUUAUGCAAGUGUUGGGCUGCUUGAGCAUCUUGAUGUCUACAAACAAAUAUUACACAAACGUUUGCCGGGAUUUGUGCCCCAUAAUGCAAUGCAAUAUGUUUUUAAAGUAAAGGUCAACCCUCGAUACAACUCAAGUGAAGUUUCUGAGAAUACGCUGAACGAGAUACGAAAGCUGAAUGCCGCCGAUAUCAAACUUUAUGACUUUAUUCAAAAAAGGUUUUGGCGGCAAGCAAAGGCUUGUGGGAUAUAUACAAACUCGACUAUUUCAGUAUAAGUCAUACAAAGAGGUCCAUUUUUGUAUUUUGACAAAUAAAGAUUGUUUGAAAUUA